AGUUUUUUGGUAUAUAUAUGCCGAAUUUUGCGAAUUGCCGGCACAGUGCUCCUCGAAGACAACGCAUCGAGAUGAAGAUUGUUUUGGUAGCCUUGCUGGCAGUAGUCGCCUCAGCGGUCGAGACUGACCACCAACAAUGGCAAAGCUUUAAGACCCAACACACAAAGGUCUACAGGAACGUGGCGGAGGAGACUCUGCGUUUCAGCAUUUUCCAAGACAACCUUAGGAAAAUCGAGGAGCACAAUGCCAAAUACGAAAACGGCGAAGAGACCUACACCUUGGGCGUGAACCAAUUCGCCGACAUGACCGCGGAAGAAUUCAAAAGCUUCCUGACACUCCAGAAGCCGAACCGCACCAAGACCGGUGACAGACAGGUCUACAGGAAACCUCUGGACGCCGCCGUGCCCGCAUCCUUCGACUGGAGGGAUGAAGGCGCCGUAAGCGCAGUCAAGGACCAAGGUUCCUGCGGUGGUUGCUGGGCAUUCUCGGUAGUCGCCUCCCUAGAAGGCUUCUACUACUUGAAAAACAAAAAGUUGGAGUUAUUCAGCGAGCAAAACUUGAUCGAUUGCGCCACUACCCAAUACGACAUGGAGGGCUGCAACGGAGGUGAUUUGGACCCGGCGUUCCAGUACAUAAUCGACCACGGUAUCGCGAAGGAAUCUGAUUACCCCUACGAAGGCAGGGAUGCAAGAUGUCGUUCCAGUUCCAACCAAGUGACCAAGAUCAAGGGCUUCGUAGAUGUUAGGGAAUUCGACGAGGACGCGCUAUUGUCGGCUGUAGCUCUGGAAGGCCCCGUGUCGGUCGCCAUCGACGCCAAUCCCAUCCAAUUGUACAAAAGCGGUAUUUUCACCGGAAAAGGCUGCUCCUCCAGUGAAUGGGACUUGAACCAUGCCGUCUUGGCCGUAGGCUAUGGUACCGAAAACGGACAAGACUACUGGAUCCUCAAGAAUUCCUGGGGAACCAUUUUCGGCGAGAAAGGCUACUUUAGGAUGUUGAGGGGCAAGAACGUCUGCGGUCUGGCUGACGAGCCUAGCUAUCCCGUAUUGUAAAUAGUCGAUUGCAGUUAUUUAUAUUAAAUUAUCGCCGGUUGAAACUUCAUUUAUGUAAUUUUUUACCAAAAUAAUAAACAGAACAGCGCUUUAAUUUUA